AUGAUCACCCUCAAGCCUUUCCCCGCCUUUUUGGGGUUGGUGUUCCUUUUUGUGUUCGCUCGGCCAGCCCUUGCCUUUGGUGCUGGUAACAUCGCCGGUAUCUCCAAGGUUGAGGGACAGAACUGGCGUCAUGGAGAUAUUGAAGACACUCUUCUUUCCAUCAUCAUGGCCCGAGCCGUUGGGGGCAAGAAGUUCAACAAGCUAAUGGUCUCUCGUGUCUACUUCGGUAACUGGCUUCGAGAUUACUCCCAAGCCAUCGAUGUUGGUACGGUCAAGUCAGUCUCUGCCGAAGCUAUUCGACUCCUUUUAUGUGUUCUUGGCUUCUUGACCUUUGGCUUUGGCUCCAAAGAAUUUGAAGUCACAGCCGAUCGCCUUGGCUGCUACCGACCUGAAGACCACAUCGACAACCCUAAGAAUUACGCCGACAACGAAGAUGCACGUCAGUACGACCAGAGACUGCGUGGUCCCGUUGACGAACGUGUCGAGCUCGCUGUCGACCCGGAGACGGGUUUGAAGAAUUAUAUUGCCAACGAGAAUUCUAGAAUAAUGACUUCGGCACAACACGUUAGACGGCUAUUUGGUCGUUGCAUUGAACUUGGCCAAUCUUACAAGCAGAGCAACAGGAAGAGUGAUUUGUAUGAGGCUUUACGAUUACUUGGAACUGGUCUCCACUGUCUUGAAGAUUUCUUAGCUCACAGUAAUUAUACGGAGUUGGCGCUUAUCGAGCUUGGCGAGCGAGAUAUCUUUCCACACGUCGGUAGAGACACCAAAAUUCAAAUCCCCGGCGCUCGACAUGAUGUCUACCCUUGCAUUACUGGAACCUUUGGCGGUGUCGACUUCCUACACUCUGUCACUGGAGAAGUCUCGGACAAAUUGACGCAAAAUGAAAUCCAAGAACUCGAGGGCACUCUCCAGGAGAAUUCAAGGAAAAACGAUACAAGCAUCCUGGAAGGACUCAUUGACAAGAUCCCAGAUGGUAUUUUUGGCGGUGAUAACAAGAAGCAGAAGAUGGAAGAUAUCCAGAGCAACGCCGCUAAUGCGCAGAUGUCUAACACAUCAAUCUCCCCAAGAGAACCGGAAGAGUUUACAGAGUAUAUCCAGCAAGUCUUCCAGCAGAUUAUGCCUGCCAUUGAGUUUCACGAUGAUCUUAUGAAGAGCAUCAGUGAGGCAGUUGAGAAAAUUCCUAUUCUACCCCAGAUCAUUGAACAGCUGGAGGAGCAGCUCUCGAUGUGGACAUUCUCGAUUAUGGCGCCCUUUGUUGUCCCUAUUAUCCAGCAGGUUAAGAAUGAACUUCGUACCGGUUCGUCCGAAAUCAUUGAGAGUAGCAAGAACGAGCAGCACAUCGUCUUUGACGAUGACGAAUGUAGUGAUCCGACGCACUCUAUGCUCUCCAAGGACCAUUUCUCUAACAUCCUCAAUGAGAUUGCAGGAAAGACUGCUAGCAAGGUCGUUUAUUGGGUUGUUCCUCAGAUCAUGGAUGCCUGGGAUGACGAAGGUGCUGAUGUUGAUCGCCUGCUGAACCGUAUCAUCUAUGGUGUGCUACACCAUCCGGCUCAGCGUGAUAUGGGAGAAGACGGAGCUCGUGAUGGGCGACAAAUCAUGUUCCGCUCCGUCGAGGAGUGGUGGAACCAGAUGGACGAAGGUGCCAAGGAUGAAUACCGCCAAAAGCUUUCUCGCGAUGGCGUAUUUAACGGCGAGAAUCACAAGGAAGGUGUCCACGAUUCUGGUCAUGGUUGCGGAAAGCCUCUUGGAAUGCACAAAAAUUUCGCUGAGGGUGGAACUAUGGAAGACCGUAUCGCAAGCCAAGCUGCUAGUGCUAUUGUCGGGGGUCUCACUGGUGGCGUCUCUGAUUUCGUUAGUUCCCAAUCUGGCGGACAGAUCAACCUACCCAACUAUGGAAAUCAAGGAUCCAGUAGUCCCGGUGGGGGUGGCCUUCUCGGGGCUAUCGGCAAUUCUCUUCUAGGUGGGGCUUUCAAGAGCAACGAAACCGAAUCUUUCGGAAGCAGGCGCCAGGGUGACGACGGAUCGUACACCGAGAGCCGUACCGAGUACGGACGCUCUGGUGAUCGUUAUGGCCAGGCUGAAUACUCCGAGAACCGAGAUUCCGAGGGAGGCGAGAGCAGGGAAUAUCGCCGCUAUGAGCAAGAUGGAAACGAGGGUCGAGGCUACGGUUACCAAGAGCGCACCGAUACUCGUCCGAGCUACGGCGGUGGAUAUGAGGAACGCACUGAACGUCGAUACGAAAGUAACGACGACAGCUACCAAGAAUCUAGCAGCCGGAAUCGGCGUGGUAGCAACGAUAAUGAUAACUACGGCGAACGCCAGGAGAGCUACGGUAGCCGACGUGAUUACGACGGUGAUGGUGGUUACGGACGUCGGGAGGAACGCUCGGAAGAUUCUUACGGUGGGGAUAGGUACGAACGUCGCGAGGAAAGGUCCGAAUACAGAUCUGAAGAUCGUCGUGACGAUGAUGAAGGUGGUUUUCUAGAUACGGUUAUAAGCCGAGUUGGUGACGCCCUUGACGAAGGUGGUCGUCGUCGUCGUGACGAAGGAGGCAGCGGAUGGGGCCUUUAG